CGUUUUCAAAUAGUAAAUCAUACCUGAACUAUUAAACACGAAAUUUCAGGUUAAAGAUAUGAUAAUAUCAAAGACAGCAUUGCUGAUUUUGUUUGCUCUCUUCCUUUCCUACAUAUUGUUGGCGAGCGUUUCUGGAGCUGAAGCUCAGUUGAUCAUUCCAUGCAAAACACCAGCAGGAUGUAAAUCGGUUCGAUGUUCGAGUGGAAGCGCGCAAUGUGUGAACAGACAAUGCGAAUGUCCGAGUCUCAAACCAUUUAACCCGAUGACAGUAUAUACUCCUAAGUCGUGUAAGACAAUUUUAGAUUGUGCUCCUUCUCGUCAAUGCCCGAAAAAUGUAUACGCUUGCAUUAAAGAAAAAUGUAUUUGUUUAUAUUAAUAUGUUCGAAAUUUAUUACUUCAGCUAAUCCAAGGUUUAAUAAAAACAGACUUUACUUUUUUUAUAUAGUGAAAUCUGACUAGAAAUUAUGACAG